AUGGCGUCUUCGCGCGGCGCGUCGAGAAUCGUCCUCCUCGCCGGCGCGCUCGAAUACCAACGCGGCGAGUCCCCCGCCGCGCCGAGGCUGUCCUCCAUGGACGCGCUUCUGGACCAGGAGCACGAGCACCUGCGCGCCGCGGUCGCGCGCGUGUGCGACCUCGCGCCGGACGUGCUGUGCGUCGAGCGCACCGUCGCGAGGUUCGCGCAGGAGCUGCUUCUCGAACGCGGCGUGUCGGUGGUGCUGCGCGUAAAGACGAGCGCGUUGCGACGGCUCGCGCGGAGCACGGGGGCGUCCAUCGCCGCGGCCGUGGACGAGCUCACGGAGAACGCGGUCGGCGUGUGCGGGGAGUUCCGCGUGGAGUCGCACGCGGAGACGCGCGAGUUGGGCGAGGAGGGAGAGGGAGAGGACGCGGGCGGCGGCGGCGGCGGCGUGAAAACGUUGAUGACGUUCGAUAAGUGCCCAGCCGUCGGUCUCGGGUGCUCGGUGCUUUUGAAAGGCGCGAGCGCGCGCGAGUUGGGCGUCGUGAAGACUGCGCUGAGAGACGCGAUCGUGUGGGCGCAUCACGCGGAGAGGGAGGGCGCGUGGCUCGCCGCGUUUGCGACCGCGGCGGCGGACGACGACGACGACGACGCGACGUCCGAGUGGCCGCCGCCGCCGCCGCAGUCGCGCGCCGUCGCGAUCAGGCGCGUCCUCUUUUCACACUGGUCCCCGUACGACCGCGUUCGCGUUGUGAACGCCGAUCCUUAA